CUGAGCUCCUUUAUAUAGCAGCCGGGCCCGCCCCCGAGCCACGAUUGGCUUGCGGAGGGCUGAGGGGCGGGGCCCAUACGGACCCUGCGUGGAGCGGAAACGCAGACCCAAAGACGGCAACGCAGCUCAGCCAUGGGUGGUCCGGGAGGGAAGAUCAACCGGCCCCGAACGGAGCUGAAGAAGAAACUGUUCAAGCGACGGCGGGUGUUGACUCGGGAUCGGAGGCUGAAGCGCCGGGUGGUCGGGGCUGUGAUAGACGAAGGGCUGAUCACGAAGCACCACCUGAAGAAGCGGGCGUCCAGUGCACGUGCCAACAUUACUCUGUCCGGGAAGAAGCGCAGAAAACUCCUCCAGCAGAUCCGUCUUUCCCAGAAAGAGAAAGCAGCCAUGGAAGUGGAAAUCUCUGCAAAGCCAGCCAGGACUAGUGAACCACAGCCCAAAUCUCAAAAGAAGACCAAAGCCCCCCAGGAUGUAGACAUGGUGGACCUUGAAGAAGGGAGCUGAAUCUUACCCCUUGCACCAGAAGAUUCUCAGCCAGAGCCAGGAGGACUCAGUGGUUGUUUCAGAACAGUUUUGAGUAAACAUUGCACGUUUUCGCUCUCCCCAGACUCCUUUUCAUAAUGGCCUAGUGACCUGCUGUGGAAGGAGGUGUUGAGAGAAGAGUGGAAAAGAAAGAUCAGAGAGAGGGCUUAGUAGUCAGCGUCAUUUGAAAUAAAGCCCUCGAGUUCUCUCUGAGAUGUGUGUGAUUAAAUGUAGGGAUGGGGACGGGCCAUGAACAGGAGUCUGUGAGUAUAGAAAAACGCAGUUGGGAAAGGGGACCCCAGAGUGUACCCGAGCAAAAGCAUCAAGAAGCCAGCCUCUGUGACAGCCCUGUCUCUCUAGUGAGCGACACUCGAACUUUUCAUUUGUGAACAAAAUGUAGAUUAUUGCAGAGAUGGCAGAGGAGGUAAGCGUCCUAAUACCGGCCCUGCAGGUUUGUCUCUGUUUCCUUUGCUGGAUUACGUUUUUAAUAAAGUGAAAACCAAACGUUA